UCCAUACUCAUGAACAUACAAAGGUCAACCCCUAUCACGAUAGCACGAUAUGGGAGACCGCGGAAUAAAACCCAGGAUUUUGAGGAGCUCUCGUCCAUACGGUCCAUCGAGCCAAGCCAGAGUUUUAGCCCGAAUCUAGGCUCGCCGAGCCCGCCGGAGACCCCGAACUUGUCGCAUUGCGUUUCUUGCAUCGGGAAAUACUUAUUGUUGGAGCCUCUCGAGGGAGACCACGUUUUCCGAGCCGUACAUCUGCACAGUGGCGAGGAGCUGGUUUGCAAGGUGUUUGAUAUUGGCUGCUACCAGGAGUUAUUAGCACCAUGUUUUUGUCUGCCUGCACAUAAAAAUAUCAACCAAAUUACUGAAAUAAUUCUUGGGGAGACAAAAGCGUAUGUGUUCUUUGAAAGGAGCUAUGGGGACAUGCAUUCAUUUGUUCGUACCUGCAAGAAGCUUAAAGAAGAGGAGGCAGCCAAACUCUUCUAUCAAAUAGCUUCCGCUGUUGCACACUGCCAUGAUGGUGGACUGGUACUGCGAGAUCUCAAGCUGCGAAAGUUUAUUUUCAAGGAUGAAGAAAGGACUAGAGUGAAAUUGGAAAGCCUAGAAGAUGCAUAUAUUUUAAGAGGCAAUGAUGACUCUCUUUCUGAUAAACAUGGAUGCCCAGCUUAUGUGAGUCCAGAGAUCUUGAACACAAAUGGCAGCUACUCUGGCAAAGCAGCGGACGUAUGGAGUCUAGGUGUCAUGCUUUAUACCAUGCUAGUUGGACGCUAUCCUUUCCAUGACAUUGAGCCUAGUUCCCUCUUCAGCAAGAUCCGUCGUGGGCAGUUUAACAUUCCAGAAACUCUAUCCCCCAAGGCAAAAUGCCUCAUACGUAGCAUACUGCGCCGGGAGCCAUCGGAAAGGCUGACUUCACAGGAAAUUCUGGACCAUCCAUGGUUUUCUACAGAUUUUAAUGUAUCGAGUUCGGGAUAUGGUGCUAAGGAAGUAUCAGAUCAGCUGGUGCCUGAUGUCAACAUGGAAGAAGACUUGGACCCAUUCUUUAACUGAGCACAAAGACUGGUGUUCAGAAGGUACACAACCUGGAGAUGGACACAUGAAGGAGCCCUUCCUGACCGUGUUAAAUCACAUCCUGCAUCAGCCUAGCUUGGUAGCAAAAGACACUCAAGAGGUCCUCAGAUUGAGAAGGAACCUCCACAAGGAGCUAAUUUAACAAAUGUAGCAUGGGGACAGAU